CGGAGCCCGGGCGGCGCGGCGGGAGUGCUGAGCGCGGCGCGGUCGGCCCGCCGCUUUGUGUGUGUCCUGGAUUUGGGAAGGAGCUCGCGGCGGCGGCGGCGGCGGAGCUGAGGGAGGAGGCGGCGGCGAGCGGAGCCCGGAGGAGGAGGAGGAGGGGGAGCCGCUCAUUCAUUUUUACUCCGUAUUUCUGCCCCCGGUCGGCCUCGCCCGCGACCCGGACUUCGGGGCAAUCUUGCGAACUGCGUCGCGCCCUCCCGCCGCGGAGGCUCGGGCGUCGGACAGCCUCCUCCUCUGUCUGGGGUCGGAUUUGUCCUUCCUCGCCGAGACGGAUUUGGGCUUUGCCCCCUUUCUUUGCAGUUUUUCCUCCCUCCUGUCUCUUUGGGUUUGAAAAUGGAGGCCGACGACGCCGACAGCCCGCCCCGGCGCGCAUCGGGUUCCCGACUCCGCCGAGUCCUUGGCCGCGGCUGCCGGCGCUGAGGGGCCGCCCAGCGCCGCCGCCCGCCCCGUCCGCGCAGCCCCGCGGACCCCCGGCCGGCGCCGCCUUUGGAGUAUUGUUGCCUUCGCCCUUGUUUUUGGAGGGGGGGCGAAGACUGAGUUUGAGACUUUUUCUUUUCCUUCCCACCCCCCUUUUUUUUUGAGAAAGGGGAAUUUCGUCCCAAAUAAAAGGAAUGAAGUCUGGCUCCGGAGGAGGGUCCCCGACCUCGCUGUGGGGGCUCCUAUUUUUCUCCGCCGCGCUCUCGCUCUGGCCGACGAGUGGAGAAAUCUGUGGGCCAGGCAUCGACAUCCGCAACGACUACCAGCAGCUGAAGCGACUGGAGAACUGCACGGUGAUCGAGGGCUACCUCCACAUCCUGCUCAUUUCCAAGGCUGAGGACUACCGCAGCUACCGCUUCCCCAAGCUCACGGUCAUCACUGAGUACCUGCUGCUGUUCCGCGUGGCCGGCCUCGAGAGCCUCGGCGACCUCUUCCCCAACCUCACAGUCAUCCGUGGCUGGAAGCUCUUCUACAACUACGCCCUGGUCAUCUUCGAGAUGACCAACCUCAAGGAUAUUGGGCUCUACAACCUGCGAAACAUUACCCGUGGGGCCAUCCGGAUCGAGAAGAAUGCUGACCUCUGCUACCUCUCCACGGUGGACUGGUCCCUAAUCCUGGAUGCCGUGUCCAAUAACUACAUCGUGGGGAAUAAACCCCCAAAGGAGUGUGGGGACCUGUGCCCGGGGACGAUGGAGGAGAAGCCGCUGUGCGAGAAGACCACCAUCAACAACGAGUACAACUACCGCUGCUGGACCACGAACCGCUGUCAGAAAAUGUGCCCGAGCGCGUGCGGGAAGCGGGCGUGCACGGAGAACCACGAGUGCUGCCACCCCGAGUGCCUGGGCAGCUGCAGCGCACCCGACAACGACACGGCCUGCGUGGCCUGCCGCCACUACUACUAUGCCGGUGUCUGUGUGCCCAGCUGCCCGCCCAAUACCUACCGCUUCGAGGGCUGGCGCUGUGUGGACCGUGACUUCUGCGCCAACAUCCCCAACGCUGAGAGCAGCGAUUCCGAGGGCUUCGUGAUCCACGACGGCGAGUGCAUGCAGGAGUGCCCGUCGGGCUUCAUCCGCAACGGCAGCCAGAGCAUGUACUGCAUCCCUUGCGAAGGCCCUUGUCCCAAAGUGUGUGAGGAAGAAAAAAAGACAAAGACCAUUGAUUCUGUCACUUCUGCUCAGAUGCUCCAAGGAUGCACCAUCUUCAAGGGCAAUCUACUCAUUAAUAUCCGACGCGGCAACAACAUCGCUUCGGAACUGGAGAACUUCAUGGGACUCAUCGAGGUCGUGACGGGCUACGUGAAGAUCCGCCACUCCCAUGCCUUGGUCUCCUUGUCCUUCCUGAAGAACCUUCGCCAGAUCCUAGGAGAGGAGCAGCUAGAGGGGAAUUACUCCUUCUACGUCCUCGACAACCAGAACUUGCAACAGCUGUGGGACUGGGACCACCGCAACCUGACCAUCAAAGCCGGGAAAAUGUACUUUGCUUUCAAUCCCAAAUUGUGUGUCUCCGAGAUUUACCGCAUGGAGGAAGUGACGGGGACUAAAGGGCGCCAGAGCAAAGGGGACAUAAACACCAGGAACAACGGAGAGAGAGCCUCCUGUGAAAGUGACGUCCUGCACUUCACCUCCACCACCACGUGGAAGAACCGCAUCAUCAUCACCUGGCACCGGUACCGGCCCCCUGACUACAGGGACCUCAUCAGCUUCACCGUCUACUACAAGGAAGCACCCUUUAAAAACGUCACAGAGUAUGACGGGCAGGAUGCCUGCGGCUCCAACAGCUGGAACAUGGUAGAUGUGGACCUCCCACCCAACAAGGACGUGGAGCCCGGCAUUUUACUGCAUGGACUGAAGCCCUGGACACAGUAUGCCGUUUACGUCAAGGCUGUGACCCUCACCAUGGUGGAGAAUGACCACAUCCGUGGAGCCAAGAGCGAGAUCUUGUACAUUCGCACCAAUGCUUCAGUUCCUUCCAUCCCCCUGGAUGUACUCUCAGCAUCAAACUCCUCUUCUCAGCUGAUCGUGAAGUGGAACCCUCCUUCCCUGCCCAACGGCAACCUGAGCUACUACAUCGUAAGGUGGCAGCGCCAGCCCCAGGACAGCUACCUUUACCGGCACAAUUACUGCUCCAAAGCAGACAAAAUCCCCAUCAGGAAGUACGCCGAUGGCACCAUCGACGUUGAGGAGGUGACGGAGAAUCCCAAGACUGAAGUGUGUGGUGGGGAGAAAGGGCCGUGCUGCGCUUGCCCCAAAACAGAAGCCGAGAAGCAGGCCGAGAAGGAGGAGGCCGAGUACCGCAAGGUCUUCGAGAAUUUCCUGCACAACGCCAUCUUUGUGCCCAGACCUGAACGGAAGCGGAGGGAGGUCAUGCAGGUCGCCAACACCACCAUGUCCAGCCGGAGCAGGAACACCACAGUGGUGGAUACCUACAACAUCACAGACCCAGAAGAGCUCGAGACCGAGUACCCUUUCUUCGAGAGCAGAGUGGAUAACAAGGAGAGAACUGUCAUCUCCAGCCUCCGGCCUUUUACUCUGUACCGAAUUGAUAUCCACAGCUGUAACCACGAAGCUGAGAAGCUCGGCUGCAGCGCCUCCAACUUUGUCUUUGCAAGAACCAUGCCUGCAGAAGGAGCAGAUGACAUUCCUGGACCGGUGACCUGGGAGCCAAGGCCUGAGAACUCCAUCUUUUUAAAAUGGCCAGAACCUGAGAGUCCCAAUGGAUUGAUUUUAAUGUAUGAGAUCAAAUAUGGGUCACAAGUCGAGGAUCAGCGGGAAUGUGUGUCCAGACAGGAGUACAGGAAGUAUGGAGGGGCCAAGCUAAACCGGCUCAACCCGGGGAACUACACGGCCCGGAUCCAGGCCACCUCUCUCUCUGGGAACGGGUCGUGGACUGAUCCUGUGUUCUUCUAUGUCCAGGCCAAAACAACGUAUGAAAACUUCAUCCAUCUGAUCAUCGCUCUGCCCAUUGCCGUUCUGCUGAUAGUAGGAGGGUUGGUUAUAAUGCUGUACGUCUUCCAUAGAAAAAGAAAUAACAGCAGGCUGGGGAACGGAGUGCUGUAUGCCUCUGUGAACCCGGAGUACUUCAGUGCAGCCGAUGUGUACGUGCCUGACGAGUGGGAGGUGGCCCGGGAGAAGAUCACCAUGAGCCGGGAGCUGGGGCAGGGCUCCUUCGGGAUGGUUUACGAAGGUGUCGCCAAGGGCGUGGUCAAGGAUGAGCCUGAGACCAGGGUGGCCAUUAAGACGGUGAACGAGGCCGCCAGUAUGCGCGAGAGAAUUGAGUUUCUCAACGAGGCCUCGGUGAUGAAGGAGUUCAACUGUCACCACGUGGUGCGCUUGCUGGGCGUGGUGUCCCAGGGCCAGCCGACGCUGGUCAUCAUGGAACUGAUGACCCGGGGGGACCUCAAAAGUUAUCUCCGGUCUCUGAGGCCAGAAAUGGAGAAUAAUCCAGUCCUAGCACCUCCCAGCCUAAGCAAAAUGAUCCAGAUGGCUGGAGAGAUUGCAGAUGGCAUGGCAUACCUCAACGCCAAUAAGUUUGUCCACAGAGACCUCGCUGCCCGGAACUGCAUGGUGGCCGAAGAUUUCACAGUCAAAAUCGGAGAUUUUGGGAUGACGAGAGACAUCUAUGAGACCGACUAUUACCGGAAGGGAGGGAAGGGGCUGCUGCCUGUGCGCUGGAUGUCCCCCGAGUCCCUCAAGGAUGGAGUCUUCACCACGCACUCUGACGUCUGGUCCUUCGGGGUCGUCCUCUGGGAGAUCGCCACGCUGGCCGAGCAGCCAUACCAGGGCCUGUCCAAUGAGCAAGUCCUUCGCUUCGUCAUGGAGGGCGGCCUUCUGGACAAGCCGGACAACUGUCCUGACAUGCUGUUUGAACUGAUGCGCAUGUGCUGGCAGUACAACCCCAAGAUGAGGCCUUCCUUCCUGGAGAUCAUCAGCAGCAUCAAGGACGAGAUGGAGCCCGGCUUCCGGGAGGUCUCCUUCUACUACAGCGAGGAGAACAAGCCGCCUGAGCCAGAGGAGCUGGACCUAGAGCCGGAGAACAUGGAGAGUGUCCCCUUGGACCCCUCGGCCUCCUCGUCCUCCCUGCCGCUGCCCGACAGACACUCAGGACACAAGGCCGAGAACGGUCCGGGCCCUGGCGUGCUGGUCCUUCGAGCCAGCUUCGACGAGAGACAGCCUUACGCGCACAUGAACGGGGGCCGCAAGAAGGAGCGGGCCUUGCCUCUGCCCCAGUCCUCGACCUGCUGAUCCUGGAUCCCGAUCCGUGCAAACAGUAACGUGCGCACACGGCGGCGGGUGGGGGGGAGAGUUUUAACAAUCUAUUCACAGCCUCCUGUACCUCAGUGGAUCUUCAGAACUGCCAUUGCUGCCCACGGGAGACGGCUUCUCUGCAGUAAACACAUUUGGGAUGUUCCUUUUUUCAAUAUGCAAGCAGCUUUUUAUUUCCCUACCCAAACCCUUAACUGACAUGGGCCUUUAAGAACCUUAAUGACAACACUUAAUAGCAACAGAACACUUGAGAAUCAAGUCUCCUCUCUCUCCCUGUCUCUCUCUCCCUCUCUCUCACCUUUCUCUUUCUUUCUGCUUCAUGAUGGAAACACAUUUGCUGCAAGCCCAGCCGGGACGCCCUUUGUAUUGGAUUGAGGCAACGUCUGUCCCUCCACGGCCCCCUUGAACACACCUGCCCGUCACCAUAGGUCUUUAUAAAACACGUUGAGACAGGAUUUUUUAACCGUACCUUUAACAUUUUUAGGGACAUACGAAAUUUACAAAGGGCCAUCGUUCAUCCAAGGUUGUUACCAUGUUAACGCUGCCAAAUUCUGCCAAAACCCCGAACUUUCUCCCUCACCGUCCCCGCACUGUUCUUUUGUUUCCAGAGGCCUGAGCGAGCAUGGUAGCUAGUCACUCGUUAAGAGCCACGCUGGUGAUGCCCUCCAUCCAAUCGUCCCCUGGUGUUCUUUUCAAGUCUCACAUUCACACAGGUCUGAUUGCUUUUGACGAGGUUAUUGUUUGGGGGAACUGGACAGAAUGAGACUUCCUCUCAGUGAAGAUGGCUUCCCCGCUCCCCCUUCUGUACCCACACCUUCUAGCCCCCAGGAAUUCUGGAGGAAACAGGCCCUGUCGGGAGCCUGGAAGACAGGCUUUGAGUAAAGGUCGUCCACGUGCCAGUCUCCUGUCCCCGCCCCAGCUCCCCACCUGGCCCCCAGGAACACAGAUGGGAAGGGGUAUCCAGGGACUCAGCCCAACUGUUUAUGCAAGUUUGCAAGGAAAGAAAUUCAAAUACCACAACAACAGUACGAAGAAAAGCAGUAAAUGGAUUCAAGCAUUCUAAGCUUUGUUGACAUUUUCUCUGUUAUAGGACUUCUUCAUGGGUCUUACAGUUCUAUGUUAGACCAUGAAACAUUUGCAUACACAUCGUCUUUAAUGUCACUUUUAUAACUUUUUUACGGUUCAGAUAUUCAUCUAUACGUCUGUACAGAAAAAAAAAAAAGCUGCUAUUUUUUUUGUUCUUUAUCUUUGUGGAUUUAAUCUAUGAAAACCUUCAGGUCUACCCUCUUCCCUCUCUGCUCACUCCAAGAAACUUCUUAUGCUUUGUACUAGAGUGCGUGACUUUCUUCCUCUUUUCCCAGUAAUUGAUACUUAUAUAACAUAAUUUGCCAUGAACUGUUUGAUGCCUUUUUAUAAAUACAUACCCCUCCCCGCUCCCCCUGCCCCGUUAGUUCUAUUCUGCCCCAUAGGCUCUGUGGGCACGAGGCUGGUGAGGGGAGCAGCUGGAGAGAAGGCGGGCGCCUGCCCUGGACCCUCUCUCCCCAGCCUGCUCUCACAGAGCAUUUGAGUCUGUUACAGUGCAAGACAUGAUACAAACUCAGGUCAGAAAAAAAGGUUAAAUAUUUCGCA